ACGUAACGGACAAAGUAGGGAGGAGAGGGGGAACGCCGCGAUACACGCCGGGAUGCGGAGCGGUGAUUCGCGUUCAGUGAACGAUCGUGAAUUAGGCACGAGUUGUUUGUGCGUCUUCAGUCGGAACUGAAUUACGCUGAAAGAGGCGAAGGUGAACGAGAAGAAGGUGGAAACGCGCAGCGGCGUCGUCGUUACAAAGGAGACGAGGCGAUAAGCGGCAACGGAGGAAGAGGAGAAGGAGGAGCAGGAGGAGGAGGAAUAACCGGAGAGGAGCUGUAACAGGUGGAACAGUUUUAGAGUAACCCAACACGAUGGAGCAAGGUUUCCCAGGGCAGCAUACCACCACGACUACCGUGACGACCACCAGUACAACGACUCAGCCCAACAUACGAUUUGAUCCGUCAUACGCGAGGACAUUGCCUGGCAUUCUCAAGAUCGUGCAAGUGGUACUAAAUCUCCUGGGAUUUAUAUGCAUAACGGUGUCGUCUCAGAGCAGCCACAGCCGGGGAGGAUGGUUUAAUACUGUGGCCAUGGGUGGUUUCUGGUUCACGGGGAUCCUGCUCGUUCUCUACCUAUUCCACAUUGUGGAGAAAUUCUCUAGGAUUCCUUGGCUUAAAAUUGAAUUCAUAUUCUGCACAGUUUGGACUGUGUUUUACUUGCUGGCCGCUUCUCUCGCAGCCGACUACGCGCGUUACACGGAGGCUUUCGGUGUUGCAGCGUUCUUUGGAUUUUGCGCAAUGGUGGGCUACGGCUAUGACGCUUGGCUGAAGUUUAACGCGAUGAAGAGCGGAGGGUUGGCGCAGGGUCAACACACGCCGAAAUCCACUGUUACCAGUCCGGCGUAUUAGAUAUCCAAGGAUAGGAGAGGCCCACGGUGAAAUGGACCACACCGGUCGAUCGACUGGACCGACGGCUCGAUCGAUCGACACAUAUCGUUACCUUUUGUGCGGGGCCAGCCCUUUUUGUAACUCCGGUGCGUUUCUCUCGCACGGAAUGUCAACGCGCGUGUCCGUGCAUGCUCGUGCGUGCAUAUGCUCGUUUGUCCAUGCCCGCGCAUGUAUACGCGACUUUCCCUUUGUCUCUUUUUUCUUUUUGUACUGUGUAACAAGGCAAUAAUCUACACUACGCCAUAGCGUACCGUUAACUUAUAUUCUAACAAGAAGAAGAAGGCCACGUGCGCGCCAUCGUACAACGAUUGUUAAUAUUUUGUAAUAAUGUUCGCCGCGUCUUUACUUUCGCUCGACUGUUAUUUAUGCGAUGAUAUAUGUGUACAUAUAUAUAUAUAUAUAUAUAUAUAUACAUAUACAUAUAUACACACAUACACAUAUACAUAUACAUAUACACACACAUACACAUACAUAACAAGUUAUAGCAACAAGUUUCGGAACUUGUUGAAUCCGUAUUUUAAAUUAUUGUUGGAACCGAGGCGACAUUUUAAGCAUCGUGGUAGUGGUAAAUGAUGAUGCCCGGGCGCAUUUUAGCGCGAUAUCGAGUGCCGUUGGGAGUAUUAGAUCUAUUUUAAUCCUCUGGAUCCUUGUUCGCAAUUGGAUCAAUUAUCUCAUUUUUUUUAUUAUUAUUAAUAGGAUGUUUCCAGUUCCUUCGAUUUUUAUUCUAAAACUUAAGGCUAAUUAAAACUAAGACUAUUCCUGAUUCGUUGCCGUAGCCAUAUUAGAAUCAUGACAUCAUAGAGAAGAAAUGACACAAUGAAAUUUAUUGCAUUUAGUUUGCAAAUGAAGAAAAAUUUGACUAAAACGACACUUGAGAUGGCUUUAAGAUAUUUAUGAAAAUGGACGGCUGUUAUCCUUUCCCUUCGUAAUAGUUAAUAAAUAGCCAUAAAAGGCACAUGAAAUGAAAUCUGUUCAGGUAGAAAAACACACGGUUUGAUAGCUAUUGAAAGAAGUGAAAAAUAUGCUUUUGCAUAUAAAUUCAAAGUUAAUUUUAGCUGUCGUCCAUUUUUACAAAUUUGAUAAGUACAAAAUGAGUCAUAUCUGCAUAAUUAAGCAUUUAAUAACGAAAAUAGGUGCAAUAAAAUUUCGUUGUUAAUUUAAUAUAAAGAGAAAACAAGGGCAAGGAUAAGAUAAAUAAGCUUCUAAUUUUUACCGCAAUGCUAUCAACGCGGAAUUCCUAGCUGAUUACUCAGAAGCCUUAAAAGAACUGGUUGAAUAUUCCAUUCAAAAGCGUUAUUUCUGUAUAAAAUCACAAAGAUUUUGGCCGUUUGCGAAUAAGGAAAGAGGAUGCAAAAGUUAAGAUAUUAGAACAUUGAGAUUUUUCCCCUUUGUCGUCGUGUGUAGCCGUCUUAGACUAUCGUUUAGAUCUUUUAGAUUUCGAUAUUGCGCUUGGCAAGGAGGCACGGAGGGAUCAAGCGUACAGAGCUACGACUGCGCAAACUGUACAGGGGAUGCAAGAAAGUAAUGUAGUGUGUUCACAUAUACACGUAUAGACGCGUUGUUUGGUUCGCAACGAACAUAUCUGCCGCAUUCGUCAUCAUAUCGCGUUAACAAAUAUGUGAAAUCUCGCAUAAUGAGAAUCUCACGACAAUUUCUCUGUAUCGCGAAUGAGAAUAAUGUUAUGAUAUAUCGAAGAGUACUAUAUUCUCUCUGUCUGUUGCGAUUCACAUAAGCUGUAUAUAUUUAUUAGUUUUGUUAUUUCUAUCCAAGCUCGAGUCUCUAAGGUACAACAUCGAUAUGUACACAAUGUGGUAUAUAUUUAUAUCAAUGUCUUAGAAAUCUGAUGAUGAAUUUGACGUGGAUAUUAUUAUGUAUAAUAAUGAUCGGCGAAAUAAAGUCUCAACGUCGGUAAAUGUAAUGUAGUCAACGAAAUAAAUCAUUGAUUCUUGGACGUGAAAUUAAUUCACUUCCGAUUACUUUCAUGUGGGAUAUACUUUGUCAAACGUUCAUACAAAUAUAUAUAUAUAUAUAUUACGGACAUAUCAAAUAAAAUUACGAGUUAUCUUUAUAAAUGGGCUUGAUUUCUAAAUAGAGGAAUGUUACCUCUUGUGAAAGUUUCUGAUUGUUUCACUUAUGUCAUCAUGAUUUUGUCCAUUUCCGUCGCUUUGAUAUUGUAUCGCUGGAUAUUAAUAGAUAAAUAUAGUUUCUUCAUAAUUGACAGAUAGAUCGAGUUAGAGUUUCUUAUUAUGCGGCGAACCAAAUUAUGGAGACUUGUCUCAAUGUAUUUUCGGAGAUACGAUUAUUUUACGCUGAUGGUGUUUCCAAUAUUUCGAUUUAUUAUCUUAUUUAUUAAAUCUAAUAUACACUAAAUGCAUAAUCUUACAUGAAAUUACAUUACUUGUACCG